GGAUGUGUUUAUGUUUUGUGCAGUUCGGCCGAGACGUACACAGUGCGAGUGGGUUCCACCGAAAGCGGAAACGGUGGAACUGUGUUGGAAGUGAAGAAAUUCAUCGUCCACCCGAAGUACGACCCCGAGAUAUUCUUUGAUUACGACAUAGCGCUGGUGGAACUCAAGAAGUCCAUCGAGAUAUCACCGACGUCGCAGACAGUGGAGCUGCCUGAGGAGGGAAGGCCAGUGGAAGUGGGCGAGGUUGGAGUCGUCGCUGGUUGGGGCAGACUCAAGGGCGACUCCGGGGGGCCGUUUGUAAUAAACGACACGCAAAUAGGUAUCGUGUCGUUUGGACUGGAAUGUGGAAAAGCAGGUACUCCCGGGGUAUAUAGUAAUGUUCCAGUGCUGCGAUCGUGGAUCUCGAAGAAGGCUGGUGUUUGAUACCAGUUGCAUGGAUUUGAAUAAACACUCUUCAGCUAAACGACUUUCAGUUGUUUCAAAGUAGUGUUGCAAGAAUUUAUGGUAUGACUAUCAAUUCCAACUUUAUAUAACGUCAUUUGUUUGUUUUACUUUCACUGCGUAACCAAUUUUAUCAGGUUGACUGUUGUGUACCCAGAAAUGUAAAUUUCCCUACGGUUCAUGAAAUAAUAAUAAAAAUAAUAAUAAUAAGUUCUUAUUUCAAUGGGAAUUUAGAAAAUAAUUUCUUAUUCACGAUUGUUUU